CCCGGCCAUUAUACCAACACAAGAUGAGCUAAUUUUCUCAACCUCACACAUAUAUAUAUACCUCCCAGCUUGGGUUCUUCUUUCCUUUAGCGUUAGGCAGGCCCUUAGCCACUGGCCUUAUUGGGUGUUUUGAGCAUAUAUGUACUGAUUAUAAUGACAUCUCUGGAUUUAGUUAAGAUGGUCACUGGGAAUUUUCUUGGUGUAGUUGUACUAUUGGAGAUGAUAGUGAGCGGUUCUAGAUUUGGAGCAAACGGUAUGAGUAUGAAUUAUUAUAUGAUGAGUUGCCCAUUCGCUGAACCAAUUGUGAAGAAUACUGUCAUAAGAGCUUUGCAAGCCGACCCUACCCUGGCAGCCGCCCUUCUUAGAAUGCAUUUCCACGAUUGCUUCAUAGAGGGAUGUGAUGGGUCGAUUCUGGUUGAUUCGACAAAGGAUAACACAGCAGAGAAGGACUCCCCUGCAAAUUUGAGCUUGCGGGGAUAUGAAGUUAUUGAUGAUGCAAAAGAGGAGCUUGAGGAACGAUGCCCGGGCGUAGUCUCAUGCGCUGACAUUCUUGCGAUGGCUGCCAGAGAUGCAGUGUUCUGGGCUGGGGGUCCAGUAUAUGACAUACCAAAGGGACGAAAGGACGGUAGGAGGUCUCAAAUGAAAGACACAAUCAAUCUUCCUGCACCCUUCUUCAAUGCCUCUCAACUCGUUAAGAUGUUCGGGCAGCAUGGUUUUAGCGUCCAAGAAGUGGUGGCUCUUUCGGGGGCACAUACACUAGGAGUGGCAAGAUGUUCAUCAUUCAAAUCCAGACUGAGUGCUGCGGAUCCAAAUUUAGAUGCAGAUUUUGCAAAUACAUUGUCCAAGACAUGCAGUGCUGGCGAUAAUGCUGAGCAACCCUUUGAUUCGACGAGGAACAGUUUCGAUAAUUUCUACUUCAAUGCAUUGCAAAGGAAAGCCGGGGUGCUUGGUUCAGAUCAAACAUUGUAUGCGACACCUAGAACAAGAGGCAUCGUCAAUGGCUAUGCGAUGAACGAAGCCAUGUUCUUCUUUGAUUUCCAACAGGCAAUGCUCAAAAUGAGUACACUUGAUGUUAAGGAAGGAUCAAAAGGCGAAGUACGAGAAUCUUGCCGUAAAAUUAACUCAUGAACAUCCAAGUAAAUCAAGCAUUUGAGCUAUUUAUUGUAUUUAAUAAAUGAAGAUAUAAAACCACACACAUAUAUAUGUGUGUGUGUGUGUAUUUAGGGAAUAAUUAUGGUCUUUGGUGCAAUAUCAAUGUGUUCCUGUAGAUUGUUCCUAUGCUGCUCAUCUUUUUGGGUCUCAUGUUUGAACUGAGUUCAUUUUGUACCACUUUAUGUGCAAAAGAUAUAAAAUAUGAAUUUAGAUUUGAAGUA